CGUUAAUAAAAGUGCAUAUGUUUUCAUACGGUGCAUUCAAAUCAAACCAACGUAAUCUCGGUGCACUUCAAGAUGCAUGAACGAUUACUAUUCACCGAGGCCUACGGGGGUGAGAAGGAUAGGUUUUUCGUCAAAUCAAAAGACGAGCAAUCGAUAACCGAACUGUUAUCAGACACAACUAGAACGAAGUCUUUUUAUUCUGGUUUCAUAUCGAUUGUAAAAGAGGUAUUUUUACCUCAAGGAUAUCCCGACAGCGUUCACCCUGAUUACACUUCUUAUCAAAUAUGGGAUACAGUUCAGGCAUUUGCAAGUACUAUAAUGGGUACACUUACGACACAUUCUAUUAUGCAAGGGGUAGGUGUAGGUGAAGCAACAGCGACUCCGCUAGCAGCAGCUAUAACAUGGAUAUUAAAAGAUGGGACAGGAAUGAUUGGUCGUAUUGUGUUUGCAUGGUGGAAUGGGACAGAUUUAGAUGGACAAUGUAAAAAAUGGAGGCUUUUUGCUGAUAUUCUUAAUGAUUUAGCAAUGGGAUUAGAAUUAUUCUUACCCUAUUUUUCUUCCUAUUCACUUGGAAUAUUGUGCAUUUCAACAGCGAUGAAAUCGAUUGUUGGUGUUGCUGGUGGGGCAACAAGGGCAGCGCUCACACAGCAUCAGGCAUUACAAAAUAAUUUAGCAGAUGUAUCGGCUAAAGACGGAAGUCAAGAAACAUGUGUAAAUUUAAUAGCAUCCUUUGUUGGUAUUCUAAUACUUUCAAUUUUUCACAAUGGACGAUACAUAAUGGAACUGUAUCUUUUCCUCGUGAUGAUACAUCUGUAUGCAAAUUACAUGGCUGUAAAAGCAUUAUGCUUAAAUUCUUUAAACGAAGAUCGCUUAGCUUUAAUAGUAAAAAGUUAUAUUUCGAAUGAAGUCAUUCCAAAACCCGAAGAAGUUAACAAAAAGGAAUCAGUGUUAUUAUUCACAAAACCGACAAUGAGCAUAUGUGGAUUCAAUAUCAAAAUAGGUGUUUCUCUCGCGGCUCUUAUAAAAGAGGAUAUAAUUUUAACAAGUGAUACCGAACUUGCAUUGAAGCUUUUCUUAGAUAGAAAAUACUUGAUUUCUAUUGAUGUACAAAACAAAACUAUUUUUAUAUGUCUUAAAAAAGACGCGCAGCCUUAUGAUGUCUUGGAAGCAUAUUUCCAUGCUUGCCUUUGUGGCUUGUUUAUUUGUAUGUCUUUAAAAGUGCCACUUGAUGUUUUCGUAAAGCCCGAAGUGAGCGAUCUGUCGUAUCCUUUAAUGCGACUUUAUGUACUUAAUAAAAGGUACUCUAAUACAAAUAAUCGGAUACAAUCAUCGAAAGCCAUAGAGAGCAUUUACGCUACGAAUUUAUUGAUCUCGGGCGAAUACAAAGCCUUUAUUAGUGACCUUGAAAGUAAAGGAUGGAUGACAGAAACAAACCUAUUACCAGUAGCAGGUUGGAGAUUUUUAUAAAAAAUCGUAAAAUGGUAAAAAAGAAGUGCAAGGACAUCGGAAAUUAAAAUAUUGUUCCUUCCAUAUUAUUUACCUCGAUAAAAUUUUAUAAUUGUUAAUUAUUUAAGUAAUUUUAUUUGCAUAUCUUGUAUCUAUCUGUUGGCAAUGAGAAAAUUAUUUAUAAAUAUUUUCUUACAAAUUUUUAUCACAGGUGAUAUAUUAUAGUAAAACUGAUAUGGAAACCAGUUUAUUUCCAAUAAUUUAUAAAAAUAUAACAAGCCUUUAACCUGUACAAA